GACUGUGCCAAAGGUGCUUCUGAUUUGCUGCAAACUAUGGAAUGGGAGACACCGCUUGGGCUUCCAGUAGUUCAGCCAUAUGUCAUUGCGAAGGAGAAGCAGGGGCGAGUAAUUCAUGUGCCUGUGUCUACGAAACAGGUAGGUGCAUUCCCUCCAAACUUGAUUCAUUCAUUAGACUCAUGCCAUAUGAUGCUGACUUCAUUGGAUUGCUCACGAAGGUAUAUUCUGCUUUAG